AUGACUACAACAUCAUCUACAUCACAAUCAAAUGUGAUCUCUUGGAAAUCAUUCAUCUUCUUUGAUCAACGUCAUAACCAAUGUCUCUAUAUCAAGGAGAGAGCUGAUCAAACAUCAACUCAUUCAAGCAUUCCUCCCAACUUCUAUGGCUUUCCAUCAAUCCCAAACCAAGUCAACAACAACAUUGACCAACAGCAAACCUUGCAGCCACUGUUCCAACAACAGCAACAAAAGAUACCAGGUGUCUUCUACUUGGGUCGUCUGUGCACUCCCUUCUAUCUGCCACAGCUCAAACGAGAUGACUGUAGUUACUACAUCGUAUUAAUGGAUGGCACAGAGUCACUUGAUCUGAAUAGUUUGAACAAAUUGGUCAACAAGAGCGAUGAUGAUACAUCAAGCUAUAGCUGGUUACACCCCGCAGAGGUGAUUAAUAGAUUCCAGAAUGCUCCAGUCUCUGAUAGAUGGCUUAGCACACCCGAGACACAGAGGAUCACUGGUUUGGUGGCUGAUCUACUCAAGGUCCUUGGCUCACCCAGUGCUGCCACCGCACAAGAACAACUUGGCAAACCCAUAACACCAGAGAAUGAUGACAUUGUUGGAGUGCAGACACCAUUGUUAAGCACCAACUUGAUAGUCUGUUGUGAUGGAGACAGUGCAUUGAUCGUUGACCCUGGCGCCAAUCAAUCAGGCCAUCAUCACUUUGAGAAUAUACUGCUCACUCGAAUCCCAGAGCAUGUAAGAACAACCGAUGGUGGACGCAAUCUCAAGGUGUUCAUCACGCACGAGCACAAGGACCACUGGGAGGGGCUGCCAUUGGUCGAGAAGCAUUUCCCCAAUGCUUCAUUGGUCGCCCAUCCCGAGUGUCUGGAGCUCAUCCAGACAACACUGACAAAGGUGUCUGUCUCUGGAGCACCAUUCAGCUCUGUGUCUGUCGACAGCAAUGCCGCCAAUGUCGACUCUGGCAACCGCAUCGUUAUUGGAAGAUACACAUUCGACAUUGUAUCAACACCUGGCCACACAAGCAACUCGCUCUGUCUCUUUGAGACCACCUCUCGCACACUUGUCGCUGGCGACCACAUCGUAGGAUGGGGCUCAUCAGUGUUGGAUCACAACAGCGGCAACAUGAAGCAAUAUCUACACACAACUCAAUCGAUGAUCGAUGUGCUGAAGCCCUCGAUCGCACUGCCAGCACAUGGUCCAUCAAACUACGAACCAAUCACACUGCUACAGAACUAUAUCAAACAUCGAUUGGUUAGAGAGAAGGCUAUACUUCAGGCGUAUCGUGAUGGCAACACAACACUCCAGGACAUACUCUCGAUUGUUUACAAGGAUCUCGAUCCCAAGCUGAACCAAGCGGCCAUGAUGAACAUUCGUCUCCACCUCGACAAGCUGAAGGAGGAUCAAGAGAUACAAUAA